AUGUUAGGAGCACCUGCUGCCGCAAAGAGAAUUAACAUCAACAAAGACAUCAGGGACGACAUCGGGGACGACAUCGGGGACGAUAUCUGCCCCUUCAUCUACCACAAACACCUCGGAAUCGGCCACAAGUACCCGGUCAUCAUCGGGCUCUACAUCACACAGCACAUCUGGACGAUCAACUACGACCGGGGAAACUGCACCCACGUCUCUUCCCACGGACAGCAUCUCGGACAUCAUCCGGACCGCCAUCCCUACCUCGGCGCAGACCGAGCCCACCGCGCCCUGCUUUCUAACUGCCACCGGAGAUUCGCAUUGCCUAGCGAGCUUCAGAGCUAUUACUCUUCAGUCAAUGCCGGCGCAUCCCUUUCAAGCUACUGCACCGCGGCGCCUACUUCUCCAGGUGGUUCCCACGGCACGCCGGGCUCUUCUCUUUCCAAAGGCGGAAAAGUCGGCGUGGCGGUCGGUGCGGUCGCCAUCGCCGUCGCUCUGGGCGUUCUCAUAUUCCUCGCAGCGAAGACGGGCCUGGUGGCCAGAUGGUGUGCUUUGUGCGGCGUAGGCGCGGCCGCUGCUGAAGAGCGAAGCACGCCUGUGAUCCCCACCACGAGCAGGCUGGGCUCAGGAAUGCUCCGUCUGGGCGGUUCUGGCCGCUACCGGACUGGGGUGUCUGGAAUCAUAUCCGGAGACAGUCGCAAUUUGAUGAGGGGCGGCGCAGGAGGAAGCGUGCCGCCCUCGCCGCCGGUGCACGAUCCCCCGGCGGUGCCCACCGCCGUGACAUACGUAUCAAAAAGCGAUGAGGAUACGAAAGGUGUAGAAUCGCAUCACGCCAGCAUCAUGACGGUGUCGUCGUUAGAAAGCAGCUCAGGCCAUGAGCUUGCGGUCAUGCCGUCGCCUCCAUCGGAUACGAGGUCCGGUAAAGAACCGGCGUAA